CACGUAAGCAUCGAAUCUGCUUCUUUGAAUAUUAUGGAUGGAAUUUGAAUGCAUUAUAAAUAAAUCAUCAUAGAAUUUGAAACUUUCAACAUCGUAUUUUCCUGCCCAAAGAUUAUGUUCAACCGUUGUCAAAUCCAUCAGAGGUGUAAUGAUAUUGCGGUAAAUGCAAGAAGUUUCGUUUGUUCGUUUAAACAAAGCGAUUCCAGAUAUUUUCGCAGCGCUAUCGUCUGUUUUGGCUGGUUCGGGUACAUCAGGAACCGGAGCAGCCAGGUUCUGACUAAGGUGUUCUGACAUUAUUCAGAGAGAACAUCUAGUAACAGACUAACAGUGACACUUGUAAGGACC